AUGCCUCCCAAGGCUGAAUCCUCCGAGAAGAGUCCUUUCACCGCGCGUGAGAUUGACACUCUCGUCAUGUCCUUUUUGUGUAUGCCAGAAAUGCCUGUGGUCGACUACGUCAAACUCGCCAACCACCUCGGCAUGGCCAACCACCGCAGCGCCUCCAACGCCUGGUCGGCACUCAAGAAGAAGAUCUCUGAGCUGAAGCCAGACAUCCCCCUGCCGCCCAAGCCCAAGGCCAAGGGGAAAGCCGCCAACGGCGCUACUUCCAACGGCAAGAAGGCCAACGGCAAGGCUGCCAAGUCCGCUGUGGAGGUCAAGGACGAAUCUGAGUCUGAGGCUGAGAGUGACAAGUCUGAGAAGUCUGAGAAGUCGGAGAAGUCGAGCGUCAAGAGCGAGGUUUUCGACGAGAAGAAGAAGCCUGUGAAGAAGGAGACCAAGCAGACCAAGACCAAGAUCAAGAAGGAAGAUACCCCCAGCGAAGAGGAGACACCCGUCAAGUCCGAGCAAAGCAGCGACGCUGAGGCCGAGAAGGAGUCUGAGCAAGAGCAGGAGGAACAAGAGGCCGAGCCAGUGAUCAUCCCCGCCACCAAGAAACGCGGCCGCUCCGCCAAGACCACCGAGAAAGAGGGUUCCCCGGCCAAGAAGGCUCGCACUACCGCUGCUUCUGCCGCUGCACCCAAGAAGACUGCUGUUCCCCGCGGCAGAGCGGCCCAGGCCAAGGCUGCUGCUGCUGCUAAGGCUGCUGAAGAGGCUGCCAAGGUUAAGCAGGAGGACCAGGACAGCGAGAUGGAGGAUGCUAGUGCUGGUGAGGAAAGUGAUGGCGGUGUUAAGGUCAAGACUGAGGAUAAGGAGGACGAGGAAAUGGGAUCGAGCGACAAGGAUGCGGGAAAUAGCAGCGAGGUGGAGGCUGCUGAGCAGUUGAAGCGGGAGCAGGAGGAGGAUGUUGAGGAGGAGAUUUGA